AUGCAAAAUUACAUGAAUAUUAUUGUCUUUUACGCAAUUAUUCAACCAAUCAAUCUACAACUACUAAUUAAUGUUAAAAAUCAGGGUGGCGAUGUUAUGCAGGAAAACAUAACAGCGAACGUGUCAGAAGACACUGUAAUUUUGGAUUUUUUACGUUUGGAUGGAGUUUACGUAUCACAACUUGUUGAUUUUACCAACGAGGUAGAAGCUAUGAAAGUUGUUAUACCUGCCGAAGAAGAGUUAGGGCAAAGUGGUCAUCAGACACUCUGUUUUCUGACACACGCUGCCCAGGCUGAUUUUAUAGCCCCUGAUGCCAUGGCUAAACUGAGACAGAAAAAUCCAGGGACAGUCCGAGUAGCCGAGGAAGAUAAGGGUUGGCGUCAGACUACAGCUACAGCGUGGGCUGGUCGUGCCACGCGGCUUCUUUCCCCGGCGGCGGCGAGGCACUGCGCCACCGCCAGAGAUCGCGUCUAUCUGAGAGCCGCAGACCUCACGAGAUGGGCACCCAGACCAGGCAUGGAGCAAUCGACAUAUUCCUCAGAAGUGACUCCGUUUCCGGCCCAUGCGUUAUCACCAGACGCAGUGGACGGAAAACCUGCAGUCGGUCCGUGUGUGGCAGAAAAUGAUACAGCAAAAGAAUGUAUAUGUCACUUAGAGGUUUGUGUAAAUUGGUACCCCUGUGGUUUGAAGUACUGCAAAGGAAAACCUCAAGGCGGCCUCAGCUACCGCUGCGGAAUCAAAACUUGCCACCGCUGCUAUCGUUACCACUACUACGUUCGCCGACGCGACGCCUGUCUCAGCUAUACGUGA